GCUAAAACAAAGCAGCUACGGUCAAACGUGUCAGAAUAUGGGCGUACACUGCGACGUCUUUAGAGCUUUUCCUGUUGUAAAAACGUGUAGACAUCUUUUGGUUUCGGUUUGUCAAAAGCUUAUUUUACGCGUGUAAAAACUAAAACAAGACAUCCCUGCUUUUGAAAGCAGAUGUAUAGAAGCAACUACUAAAGCUUCACUACUCCUGUCCUCACCGUACCUCUGGCAUGUGAUUUGAGACCCUGUGUGCUGACGUGAGUAUGGAGGGGGAUGAACUGGAGAUGAACAGAGAUGAGCUCCAGAAGUGGAUCAGAGAGAAGGUGGAGAAACGUGAGCUGAUCACCCCGGAUUUGCUCGAGAAGUGCAACAUGCUCCAGUCGCUGCUUGAAAGGAGGGAGAAACGCGCUGCUAAACUCCUGAAACUCUGGGAGUCUGUGGCAGCAUGUGAAGCAUCUCUGAAAAAACAAUACUCGUUGCUGGGAUUGGAAUACAGAGACACAGAUUCUGAAGAUGAUGAUGUUGGCACUGGUUGUGAACACGUGCCUCACUUGUCAUACGAUCCUGUUCAGUCUGAGACUCGAGGCUGCCUUUCUCCUGCCACUAGAGGCCAUACUCUGAAUGGAAACCAUGACAAAAAACUGUUUCCUUAUAUAAGAAACUCAGUGGUUUCCUUGACCAGACUACCUGAAUGGAAGAUCGCUGCUCUACUUCCAUCAACCUCUCAAGAGGAUGACAGUGAGAAUGAAAUCUUGAGCAACUUAGGUUCUGAUGACCAGUGGGAACCAGAAAUAAACUCCAGUGAUUCUGACUGUUCUGUUCUGUUUAACAACAAGAGGAGAAAAAUAGAACAAAAGUCAAAUGAAAAACUUGGCAAGAGUCAUGAAACACAACCAGUCGCCUCUAAAGCAGAUAAUGACGACAGUAUAGCAGAAACUAAAGCACCCCAAGCUAGCAACCAAAGCAUAGCUGAAUAUGGUGCUUUGAAAACAGAGUCUCCACCAGCAAAAACUGAAGUGACAGAGGUUCCUUCUGUGUGCAGUUUAUCAGCUUCAUGCCAGACCACAGAUAAAGCCACUGAUAAAACCACUAAGAACCUUCCUCGUGUGCCGGAAAAGGAGCUCAGUGUGGACAUGACUGUUGUGGCUCGGAGGAGGCAACUGAAAUGGCAACAGGGGAAAAUCAAGGAAAUCCUAACAAAGAAAGAUGGUAGGUUGAAAUACAAGGUUGUUUUUGAAGAGAUGGGAAAGGUGCUUGUGUCUGGUUACCACAUCGCCUUGGACCACAUACCAGAGGUUAAGCAGCUGUUUGUUGGUGCCCGUGUGGUCGUCAAGUGUAAAGCUGAUCGCCCCUACUUCUGUCCUGGUGUCAUAGCAGAAGUACCCUGCAGGAAGAAUUCCUUUAGAUUUUUGGCGUUUUUCGAUGAUCACACUGCAGUUUAUGUUGGCUUAUCUCUAUUACACAAAGUGUACCAGCCAUUGACAGAGCCUUUGGAUGAUAUUGUAGAUGAGGUCCACCGAGCCUUCAUGAAGGAUUACUUAGAAAGUUGGCCUCAUCCGCCACAGGCCUAUUACAAGCUGGGACAGGUCAUUAAAGCAGAGUUUAAUGGCGCCCAGCAGGAAUGUGAGGUGCGCCAGGUUGACUGCAGCUUGAUCGAGGUUGUUUUUAAGGGAGAUCAACAUACAGAGUGGAUAUACCGAGGUUCCAUGCGCUUGGAGCAGGUGACCCAUAUGAGAGCGCAGAUGAAGUUUGACGAGGAAAAGUGGAAAGGCAGGAAAGUAUCAAAUAACUCUUGAUGGUGGGUCCCUGUGCCAAAAGUUGUCUUGCAGCACAUUGAUGUUUGUGUGGGCUUCACUGGAACCAUGGAUGGGACUCAGGUGCUGCUGAAGUGGCCACAAAUACAACACGGAAUUAUUUGUUCAUAAUUCAUGUCAAUUGUUACCUAUGUUUUCUUGAAUAAAAUAAAGUGCAUUGUUUCCUUCCAGCUUUCUUCACUAUUUAAGUUCACAAACACUGUGACAAAAGCAGCUACUAUUUUAGAUGUUUACAACUGAAAAACCUAAAAACGGUGGAGUCUGUUUUCACGGAAAACUUGUGAAAACAAAAAAGUUGGAAGUGCUCAGUGCACCUUAAGCUACUGUAUUCUUGUGUAGGUAGCAUGAUGAUCACAACUUUGUCAGAACAUGGACAGAUAUUCCUCUUUUUAUUGCCAUGUCUUAAGGAUAUCCAGUUUUAACAUGUAAAAUGUUUAAUUUACAUUAAACUUGUGUUUUGUUUUCUAAAGAAUAUUUUUUGUGAAGACACUGAGUCUGACACAAGGUAGCAUUAAUUAUUUCAUGGCAAAGCUACAAGACUGUAUGUAUUGGCUAUGCACAGUUGGGAUGGGUCUUGAUCCACAGCCUUGACCUCCAUUAACCUUUAAGAAUUAAGAAUGCCAAGAAAAUUAAAAACUAACAAAUGGUAAAUUCAUUGUGGGAAAAGAACAGUGUGAGAAUUUCAGCUGAAGUAAAACUGUUUUCUGCUAUGCCUGUUUGUUCAUUUAGCUGGCUCGACACCAUGAAAAAACUGAUGUUUGGUGGAAGUCGAAAGUGAACAAUAAAGACCUUGGACAAAAACUGAA